AUGGAAUCAUGGCGACAGCGAGGAUAUGUCCCCGACUCGGACGAGGAAGAUGGAUUCGAUUCUCUAGAUACGAAGAAGGGCAAUGUCGAAUAUAGCCCUGCUCUCGAAAAUCUCGAAUAUAUCGACAACCCUUCAUCUUCGCCGAAGGAAGGGACGAAGAGUGUAACGAGGGAGCAACAAGAGCACAUUCGGGCUGAGAAUGGCUCCAUCACACUCUCAGAUACAGAGGAGGUGGCUCGUCGACACACGAAUCGAGCAAGUCCUCAAUUGACAAAUGCUGCGCAUGACGAAACGACACCAAAACAAAGAAGAGGACGCAGGACUUACGGACUUCGAUCGUCGGCUACGAAAUCAACGAAUCUCCGCAGUAGCGAGCUGCGCAAUACCAAUGCCUCCAUAAAGAAUACAGACAGCAUAUACGAUUUUCCAAUGUCAUCACAGGAACAUGACAGGCCUCAAUCGAAGCCCUCGAGCCGCGAGUCUACGCCGAAGCCCUUGAAGACCGCACAGCCCUCGCAAUCACAAGUUAUAGCAGAGCCACAUGCCUCAAAGGAAAACACACAGGAUGAAACCUCAAGCACUCGGAGCUCUUCCCCUGACGAGCUGAUGUCCAUCCUUCAGCCACCUCGGAAGAAGAAGCCCGUGGCCCAGUAUGUUCAGCCAAUAGAGGCGCCGCCAUUACCACCACCACCACCACCACCACCACCACAGGAGGCUUCGGAUGAUGAUUCUCCAUUAUCUUCUGUACCGUCGUCAAUUGGCUCUCCGCCGGCCAACGAUUCUACAGAAUUACACCCGGAUGGUUUGAUGGAGGCAGAACCAGAAAGACCAGCAGAUAGGGAAGCAGAUCUACGACAAACAGUGCUCGUUGAACUCGAUGCCAACCGAGACGAUGUAUUACCACACCUUGAUAUUCCCGAAGAAGUGUUGCGAGAAUUACCGCAUGCUGCCCAAAGAACAUUCCGAAAGCGCAAUGCCAUCCAAUUGCACCCGUACUAUUUGGAACAGGUCAAGUUUGCCCAGCAAUUGCAAGCACGAGGCGUCAAACCCUUUGGUCGACCUGUACAGCAAAGACAGCAGGUUACUGAUGAAAGUCAAGGGCAAGAUUCAUAUGACCCCAAUGCACCUGCGUCAAGUCCUCCCCAGGAAGAGUAUCUUCCGCCGAUAAGACAUGAACGGCAUCGUGGCCUACAAUCUGCUGCGCAAGGACGGGAACACAACGACUCAGAGCAUUCUCGACCAUCGCAAGCUCCUCUUGCCAAGCGCCAGAAGACUUCUCAUUUUGGAACUCCCAAAGAACGUCGAAAUUUACAGAAACCGUCCAAACCUCGUGGCAUUAGAGACAAAGAUACAGCUACCGGGAAUCCAAACGGUAACUCCAUAUAUGAGCUAUCAUCUAGCCCUCCACACGCAGGCCGUUUAUCUUCGACCUCAAGAACCCCUCGUGCCUCAGAAGGAGGGUUCCGGUUUCCUCGUGGGUGGUCACCGCCAGGAGAAGUUGCGGAAUCUGGGGCACAGGAAACAGAAGAAGCCGGCCAGGCCCAAUCAACUGGUUUGGGUACAGAUGAUGACCAGGAAGUGCAGUCCAUCUCGUCCAACAGUACGAGUGAUCAAGAAGAAACCAAGUCAGAAGCCGAAGAACGUGAAAUUCGUCGAUAUCAACGAAUGACCCGAGGAGCGCUCCCUGCGUCACAUGCUCGGCUAGAUCAGAAGAAAAUCGCAGAUAGAGAGAAAGCCUCGCAAUUAGAUCGUCAUGCUUCUUCGCAACGGCCGGAUGGAAAGGGUGUUGCGCGGAGGCUCAUUCGAAAGGGUGAUCGCUCAAGGCAACCAGCAACUCAACAACCAAGGGGCUUGUUUGAUCUUGGAGAUUCUGACUCGGACGAUGAGGACAACCGCAAUGUUGCCACAGAAAAUGCCUCCGUGACCAAUGACUCCAGCCAGAGGCUGACUGGCGCCCUCGGCCUCGAAGAACCCCUCGCGCUGGAAGAGGGUGAUAUCUCCGAGGAUAAUCGCAUCGAUUACAUGCUUGGGACCGUUCCGCGCAACUCGAGAGGCCCCCGGCACAAAACAAACAGUUUAAAAAGGCCGAAAUCGAAACAAAGUUUGUUCAAUGGAGAGAGACAGCCGAAGAGAGCUCGACAAACUCGAAUGACCGAUGCCUCCUAUGGAACACGAAGGACCAAGAAACCCUCAGCUGUCCAGCGACCUAGGAUAGGAAUACUGGAUGCGCCAGAUGUUGCCACGAAGCCUCGAACAGAGCACUCGCGACUGCUCAGGAUAGCGACAAGACGGCCACGCUUACGUAAAGAUGGAGGCAGGCAGAGCCCUACUCAGAAGUUCGUGAAACUGGCUUCAAGAGAGGACACAAUGGAUGCAAAUGAGUCUUUGCGAGAUUGGAGAAGGGGAGCUAUUCGGCAGGCCAAGAUUAGCCCACCUCGUUCUAGAGCUCCCCAACACCGGCAUUGGGAAACAAAUCUUUCGAUUCUCAGUGCUCGAGCCAAAUCGAAUUCUAAAAUCGGCCGGAUACCGAACCAAUUACUUGAUGCAGAGGCAGUCACUGAUGUUUCAAACACCAACACAGCGGAACCGGAACAUGCACAGGCGCCACCUGAAUCUAGCGCAGUAUCAGUCCCGUCAAACCAAGCCCCAGUGGCCGAAUCCUCCUCCCGCCGAAAACCUGAGCAGCACGGCAACACAUGGGUUAUUCCUAGAAAUGUUGCCUUAACAUCUUUGAAGAGGAACACCAUCAGGCCUGCGGCAACUAGUUUGGCAGGCCCUGGUAGAAGCCAGAAAAUGGUCCCGGCCAUGUUCAACCAGUCAUUAUCUCUUCUUAACCGACACUAUAAAAACCAGCGCACAUCGCAACCAUACAAGCCCAGCUUGACCUUGGAUCGAUAUGUUUCCGACAGUAGAUCAUUGAGUACUGGAGGCAAUUCCUCGCCCAUGAAUCCUUCUGUUGCUGCUGCCGCCGCCGCCGCCUCAGCUGAAGCACAAACUCGAACGCCAACCCAAAAAGCCCCUGUCUCUCGACGGCGGUUGAAGAAGCAUCCCCCCAACCGAAUCAAUCUCGAUGCCGACGAAUUCCGUCAAAAUCCAGAUCCUGCUAUCAUAGUAUCCGAUGACUCAGAAUCUCCUACCAUACCAGACGUCACACCUGCAGGACCUUCGUCUUUCGGUAUCGGCGGGCUUUUCAACUGGCAACGCUUCUAUCCGGUCGAUUUUGGAGUUCCAUCUCUACGUGACAACACAUUCUUCCAUGAGAGUACAUUCAUAGGAAGCGGGGAAUUUUCUCGUUCGUUGCGAAUCGCAGAGCGGGACUUCGAUGGGGAUGCCGCUCCAUUCUCCAUCCAGCUCAGAGACGAGACAUUCCAAUGGAGUCGCUGGAACGAUACAGUAUCAUCGGAAAUGGGGCAGGUCUUUGACGUGAUAAUCGAUAAUGUUGAGCGAGGUGCUGUCACCUCCCCAGAGACGGGCAUUACGGCUGCUUUAGGUGUGGCAUCGAGGUUAUACAGAUUGUUGAUCAAAUACAUCACUGGAAACCUGGUUUUCAUCGACCCGGUUGACCGUACAGGGUUUGUCACUAGAGCAAUGGGGUUGGUCUCCCAAGUGAGAGACCCGUUGGCUGCUUUUCUCGCAAGCGACGAAUACAACAAGAGCGGGCUAGUCAAGAUUGCUUGCUUCAACAUGAUCUUCUCAAACCAGAUCUAUCAAGUUGCUUCUCAUCGGCUUGUCAGCCCUGCCCUUGCGACCGAAGCUUUGGAUCUUGUCAAAACAUCUACUAAAGACGUAGCAGGCUUAAUCGCGUCCAAAGUCGGUUCUUCUGAGCUUAAAACGCUGUUCAAGGAAAACAACGAAUCUGAACGCCGCGAGUCGGGGAUUCGCGAUGAGUAUCCAUCGGCGGAGGCUUACGUUGCCACCAAACAUCUUCUACGCAGUUCAGACAACUACAAGGGCUGCUUCGAAGAUCUUCAGCUUGAUACUUUCAAUAACGGAAUUAUUCGCAAUGAAAGAGACGUGGGCAGCCUAGAGGCUGGAUGGCGUGGGAUAUUCACAGUCUUGCCGCUCAACGAAAUAGAUCUGCUUGGGAUUGCGCGCCCUGGUUAUCAGUUGACAGCUGCCAAUGAUAAUUGGAAAUUAGUCAAACGACUUCUCGCACCAGCCCUGGACCAUUUCGAGUCCAACUCCAAGGCACAACCCUUCUCAUACAAUAGCUAUUGUCGAACUCUGUUCCUUAGAUGUCAUCGACUUAUCAAUUCCUGGGGGUGGAGAGAAUGCAAACCUAUCCUGGACACGCUAUUCGACUUCUUUGCUAAGAACACCCUCCACAACCUGAAACUCGAGGAAGCUCGUGGAUCACCUUCAUUUCUUGACGAACUUGAUAGCAAUCCUUCUCUGGAUGCCCGAGUCGGGGAACCGUGUUUCCACACAUUUCUCAAGAUCGUAGCCAGUGGUCUCCGCUUCCUGGCGAAGAGAUAUGACAAGAAAAAGAUUCGGAACUUUGCCUGGCGUCUUCUGCCCAACCAUGGCCGUGUGUACCCGAAAGAGCAACCAUUGCAGCACGAAGACCUCGACGCACUACGAAAUCACCACGAUCUUCUGAGCACCCUGUACUGGGCUGUUCCCGAUGGAUGCCGCCCUCGAUUGGAAACGAUACGCAAUCUGGUCCAUCCUGCCACUUCACAUCGUGAAGCGUGCAGCAUAAAUUUGCGGUCAUGGUCAAGGCUUGUUCGAUUUAAGCUUUCUACGGAUGAAGAGGUUUCGGGGCUCGAUCCGUUUGGAGACUGGUAUGGCUACUUCGUCACGGAACUACAGCAACAGCAUUCAUAUGCUCGCAAAGAGAUUGAAGCUCAAAACACAGGUGACAAUCGGGUUUCUCAACAGCUUGUUGAACGCACAAUCUCCCAGAACCAGCGGCAGAUUGAGACCUUGUUGAGCAAUGCGCUUAGUGGGCUGCGGAUUGCUGUCCAGCUGGCCCCGAAACUGGAGCACGCACACAGGCUUGUUCUGAGAACUCCUUUCGAGUCUAUCCUUACUCUUUUCAACCCCAAGCUCCCGCGUGUGAAUGUUGUUGUAUCUGAGGCACUGCAGGUCCUGGUCGCGUACACCCAAAAAGACGUUCCAGUUACAUCUACAUCGGAUGCUCCUGCGGCAGUGAAUACUGACGAGGACAGCCAAGAGUUCGGUGACUGGGAUGCCAUUCAGGCUGUUUGGGACCAGCAAAGUUCCCUUAGUGAAGGUAUUGUACAUGUACAGCAGGCUUUCCAUCCGAUUGUAUCUCGUCUCGUUUCGAACUGCUUCGGCGAGGACCACUGUCCAGAGGAUGCGAUUCUCCUUAACGUGGUAGAAUGCUGGACGUCAAUUGCCCAGGUUCUCAUUCGCCAUGGCCUCCGAGAUUGGGACAAUUAUCUGAGCGAGUUUGGCGAUGAUUCCUGGACGCGGCUUCGACAGACAGUUCAGACAAGAAAGUUUGCACCGCUGUUUCUUGCGGCAUGCAUUGAAAAGGACCCACAGAUUGUUUCUGAUUGCAGAAUUCAAGUUAUGAGCAUGUGGAUGUCAUCGCUAGUCGAGCGCUCCUCGAUGUUGAAAUUUCAACAUCGUCUCACGGAGGCGCUUUUGAAUGGAAGUCCCACAGAUCCCUUGCUUGCGAAUCUUCCGUUCUUCAAGGAUAAGAAGAUCGGCCGGUAUACUAUCACAUUAGAGGAAAUUGGCUCUCGGCGACUAUCUCUCCUCUCGAGCCUGUCGUCUAAUAUGCGUGAGCAGCUCCAGGGCAUGGAACUUUCUGGCAAUCGAGAUUUCUCUGUGACAAAACAAGAGUACUCCGAGGUGCUUCAGCGAGUGAUGACUUCCAUGAAAGACAACUACCAAGAGUUAGGGAAUGGAACAGCACAGGCAACUCAAGGAGAAUACGUCGAGUUUGUGCAACGCGUUAUUGGUUUCCUUCAGCAACAUACCAGCGACAUCAAACCCAUCGAUCCCUUCUUCACAGACCCUGCCUCAUUCCCUUUGCCGUCUACCGACCCACGGUAUAUUGUCGCGAAGCUCAAACGCUACGAGUCGAAGUUAUCUUCCAGCAAAGAGAUCCAGACCUUGACCGGGUUCAUCCAGAGCAUUUCCGAGCGCGCCGCCAUUGACGGCCAACAGGGCUACCUGGUUGACCAGCUGCACACAUCGAUGAAGGAUACUUAUGAAGCUGGGUACUACGACAAACCCACUCUCCGCGCCGUCCUCUUGCAAUGCGUGUUUCCAGCGUAUCUCGAAGCAACGCUUUCCAACCGCGCCGCUUGGAUCCUCAGUCGUCCCAUCAUCCAAACCAUCACACUGAAGUUCAAGAAUCUGCUAUGUAACAUAGACACUCUGGAUGCAGCCUGUGUAUCUUCUGUCAUCGAUACUAUCGAUGUUGUGUGCAGAGCCUCCAGUCAAGCACUAGGUGUGGUUUCGCUCCGUCGCCAUCUUCUGCAAAGCCCUAUCACUUUACUCAUGCUUGCUGCCUUCCUUGAUAUGAUCUCAUCGGCGCUGCCAGUGGUAGAUUACAUCGAUCGAACCACCGGUGCUGGGCAAGGUAUCCUCACCCACCUCGAGUGGAUCCGCGAUUUCUCCAAAGCCGUGAGCAAAUGUCUACAAAGCACAGAUCCAAACGCAGAGUUGUCGAGCAGUGCUCAUAUCACGUUCCCUGUGGUGCCAUCUCCUUCCGAUAGCAGGAAAACCGAACUCUUCCGCACGGCUAACAACCUGACCUCGAAUGACCUCCAAGUCUAUCUCAGAAAAUGGUCUCAUCAUCAGGGCAAGUACUACUUUACUCGUCCUGGUCAUGAGUCACAAGAGAUCACAAUCGAGCCCGAGAUUGCUGUUCAGAUGGCUAGUCAGAGCGAGGCGCAGAAAGCCUUCGACAAUGCGGCGAGGGGGUUCGUUGAUCGUGCAAAGGCUCUGGAGUUACUGACUUGA